AUAACAAUAAAAAUCGCAAUAAAAAACAAUCAAAACAAGCUGAAGAGACUUGAAUCAAUUGAAUCGCGCACCGCGAAUAUGCAACCGCUCCGCCCCCCCGCGCCCCUCUGACAGUGUGCACAGCCAUGGCCACGCCCCCGCCACCGCCCACGUUCGCUGCAGACGCAACUGAAGGCGCGGUGGACGCAGCAGGCGAGGCACUGCAUCAUCACCAUGACCAUCCGCAGCAGCAGCAGAAACAGCAGCAACAACAACAGCAGCUGGCGAGGAGUUCCCUGCUCGCGGACUUGCGAAGAUCUACGAAUUUCUGGUUCCGUGCGGCCAAAUCCACGGACGGACUGCAGUUGCUGGCCCAAAGCUGCACCAGAAUUUUGCAGCAUGGACUGUUGCAGCCCGUGGAACUUCGCCGACUGGCGGACGACUUUGAGUUUCUGCUGGCCAGUGCGGGAAAACAGCAACAGCAGACCAAACCGCCGCCUUAUCGACCGGAUUACGCUGCCAGAGACAGUGCGUCAGUGGCCGCCGGAGUGGAGGAGUUCCUCGGGGAGUGGACGACCCGCUGCCUGCAUGCCCGUUGCCUUUCGCAGUGCCUGCAAACGUUGGUCUCCGAUCCGGAGCUGAUGGAGCUCUACUAUCCCAGUGAGGAGGCCUUUCUGCGACGAUCCGGUGAUGCCACCGCCUUGUUUGUUUGCCUUACGGCCGUCCAGUUGAACCAGAGCGGACUGCUGAGCCAGCUGGAGGUUAGGCAUCAGCUGCGCCACCGACGCACUUGCUCACAGCCGAACUUCAGCAUAUCGCCCAAACUGCAAGCGGUGCCAGAGGAGAGACUGCAGAAACGCAGCUUCCUGAGGCGAUUGAAGAGCCUACCAAAUCUCAGCCAGGAGCACGAGGAGCUGGACGAUAGGGCAGCCUUCAGAAGGCGCUGUCAAACGUUCAGCAGCUCCAGAAGCCACAAGCUGAGGGAGGACCUCUUGGAUGCCCCAUCUACCAGUUCCUGUUCGUCCCACGACAGUCCCAGACGCAUCCAGAUGAUCAACUGUGAUGACAUUAAGAUCUGGACCGACCAAACGCCCCAAGAAGUGCCACAGGAGGUGCACGAGAAGAUGCAGCAGGCACCCAAAGCGUCCACGUCAGUGGGCAGUUAUCUGGGCAGCUUCUUUGGCUCGUCGCCUAUCUAUACCAGUUGGUUUCAGCGCGGCGUGGGCGAGGACCUGAAUGCCUCCGGAGAUGGGGGCAUGUUGGACACCUUCCUGCCAGUGAACGGUCGAAAGCUAAAGAAGCAGCACACCCUUUUCGAGGGCGUCAGCAUGCUGGAUGAGGCUGCACCCAGCACAGCCUGCAUCUCGUCGGCUCCCUGGGAUAUUCAAGGAUCAGCCGGCGGCAGUACCACUUCCACCACAGCAUCCAGUUCAGUGAGCAUUACGCCAGGCAGCGAUAAGAUGGACCAGCAAUCGCUGGCCUCCUUCCUGCAAAUGUCCCGGCAAACGCACAACAAUACGCAACUGGAGAAGGAGAACGCCCAUUUCAGAAUUUCGGAGGCCUGCAUCACGGCCAUAGAACACGUCAAGUGGAGCAGGAGACUGGCCAGACCAGCGGGUCCGACGAGCCAUAAUCUGUCGGAGCCGAAUCUCAUGCCCUAUGCGGAGCAGAUUCCCGGCGGCAUGCAAAAUCACAGCGCUGAGGCUGUGGGCCUCCAGCUAAUAUCUCGCUUCAGUGAGCAGCAGCUGCCCCGUUUGGGCCACCUCAAGUGGCUGGUCUCCGAGCAGGAGGCCCCGCAGCAACUGCUGCCGCUGCCCAUGCCGAAGCAGGAUCAUGAGCAGGCCAGUCUGACCAGGGGCACCUCCAGUUGGGCGCCGCCCCGUCAGCAGAUCAUAUUCACCGAACAUCCCUCGGAGAACCGUUCCAAGGUGCUGCAAAAGCAGAACAAUCGCUGUGCCGGCUGUGGAAUGCGGGUGGCCAAGCACCUGCAGCAGCACUUUCGCUACUGCACCUACCUGGGCAAAUACCUGUGCACCGGCUGUCAUCGCAACCAGAUUUCUGCGAUUCCCGCCAGGAUCCUCCGCUCCUGGGACUUUCGCUGCUAUCCGGUCUGCUCCUUUGCAUACCGUCUAAUCGAGCAGAUGUACGCCUUUCCGCUGUUCCAUGUUCCGGAUCUGAAUAGCCAACUGUACAAGCACAAGGAACUGGCCAAGGCGAGAAAGAGGAGGCUGCAACUCCAGGCGGUCAAGGGAUUCAUAGCGAACUGUCGAUUUGCAACGAGAGAACAGUCGUUCUUCAAUGCCAUUCCGGCGCACAUCACCCAGGAUCCGGAUAUGUGGUCCAUGUGCGACUUCGUGGACGUGCAAAACACCAGCAUGAAUCGCUCCAUCAAGGAGGUGAUCGCUCUGAGCGAACAGCAUGUCCAAAACUGCGUGCUAUGUACUGGUCGUGCCUUCGUCUGUGAGCACUGCAAGGGCGGUGAGCUCAUCUAUCCGUGGCAGCGAAAAGUCCAGCGCUGCGAUCGGUGCGGCGCCUGUUUCCACAACGGCUGCUCGAAGGUCAGGAGUCGGUGUCGCAGCCAAGAUGUCCCGUGUCCCAGGUGCUCCCGUCUUCAAAGUCGUGCCAGCUAACAUCCAAUCAAAGUAAAUAAGCAACUCGAAAAUCAAAGGACAGAACAGGAAUUGGCGACGAAAUGUGAAAACCACGUUCGCCUUGGAAACUAUGUUUACAAUAUUCAUAUUUUUGUUUUUGCGUUAAAUCGAUAAGAAUUUGUUAAAGUGACAGCGAUCACAACUGUUAUUUUUUUUAGAUUUGCUUAUUUAUUCAGAGUUAGUAUCUUAGACUCUCUUUUUUUUUUAUAAAUCCAUUUGCUUAGCAUAUAAGCCCCUGAUUGAAACACAAAGUUGCUUAUUCGUGGAGUUUUCGCUGAACACAUAACAUGUUGCUUUCCUUUAGGAAUUUACUUCUAAACAAGACUAAACCUAAAUUAGAACAUCACUUAUUUGCCUGGUAAAAGAACAAUGUUUAUUUAAAAAGUAUUAUUUAUUAAAAUGCUUGCUCAUAAUCAAAUAACAAAAUCACUUUUGGAUAACAUAUCUAUGUUGUCAGCAAAAUUAUCAAAAAUGUGUUAUAAGAAAGGAACAAAAAUAUCUUUUUAUAGUUUCCGAGGUCGAAUAAUGCGUUUCUCCCUAGUGAUUUUAUAUAUUUACAUAACAACUACGAUUGUUUAUACAACUACUGUAAAUAACCAUUUAAAUUACCAAAACUGUUAUGAGAAUCGUUUACCUCAAGCGAAAGAUGUGA